GUGGAGAGGCAGUCAGGCAGACGUGUUGCAACAGAUGGCUUUAGCAGCGGUGGCAGCUGCACCAAGGAACUCUGGGACGCUGUUAGACGCAGACAGGGAAAGGUAGGGAGGGGUGUAAGAGAGCAAAGAGACAGAGUGAGACUUCCUCCUCUCCGCUCCUGAACUCACCGUCUUCCUCUCCAGACACACUGGAGAACAUGUCAGUGUGAGCACAAGUUGUGUGGAUUUGCCAAAGAGGAGCAGCAGCAACAGUUUUAUGGAGGAGAUGAGUGAGUGAGCUGAGCCUUCAUCCUGCUCUUCCUCUUCCUCCUCCUGGCCGGGCGUCAGAGAGGAGAACACCUGCUGACAGUGAGGAGGUCCUGAGGGAGGAGCAGGAGGUUCCUGUCGAGCUGAACAAACUGUGGCUCCACUCCACGGUGUGUGCACAAGAGGUUGAGAGUUCACGGGGGAAGCAGCUGAUUGGUUGGCCUUCUGGGGAGGUCAGGGGUCAAAGGCCAUGGCUGGCCGGCUCCUCCUCUUCCUGCUCAUUUCUGUGACACUCAGCCACGCCCAUUUCCAGUAUGGCCAGCGUCUGAAGCCCCGCCUGCAGAGAGACCGACGCAACAUUCGGCCAAACAUCAUCCUGAUCCUGACCGACGACCAGGACCUGGAGCUGGGUUCAAUGCAGGCGAUGAAUAAGACUCGCCGCAUCAUGGAGGAGGGCGGGACUUCUUUCUCCAACGCCUUUGUGACCACGCCCAUGUGCUGCCCGUCACGGUCGAGCAUGCUCACUGGGAAGUAUGUCCACAACCACAACACCUACACCAACAACGAGAACUGCUCCUCGUUGUCAUGGCAACGGCAGCACGAGCCACGGACCUUUGGGGUUUACCUCAACAACACUGGAUACAGGACAGCCUUCUUUGGGAAGUACCUGAACGAGUAUAACGGCACAUACAUCCCUGCCGGUUGGAGAGAGUGGCUGGGUUUGGUGAAGAACAGCCGGUUUUAUAACUACACACUGAGUCGCAACGGAGUCCGAGAGAAACAUGGAGCGCAGUACCCACAGGACUACCUGACCGACCUGAUCACGGUGGAGUCGAUCCGCUACUUCCGCUCCUCUAAGCGGAUUUAUCCUCACCGGCCGGUUCUCAUGGUUCUGAGCCAUGCGGCUCCACACGGACCUGAAGACUCAGCACCAGAGUACAGCACUGCCUUCCCCGCGCGCGCGCACACACACACUACUCCCAGUUACAAUUACGCUCCCAACCCAGACAAGCACUGGAUAAUGCGUUACACGGGCCCCAUGAAGCCCAUCCACAUGGAGUUCACCAACAUGCUGCAGAGGAAACGGCUGCAGACGCUUCUGUCUGUGGACGACAGCAUGGAGAAGCUGUACAACAUGCUGGUGGAGACGGGCGAGUUGGAAAACACCUACAUCAUCUACACGUCUGAUCAUGGCUACCACAUCGGACAGUUCGGCCUCGUCAAAGGUAAAUCCAUGCCGUAUGAGUUUGACAUCAGAGUCCCGUUCUACAUCCGAGGACCCAACGUGGAGCAAGGCAGCAUUAACCCUCACAUGGUCCUGAACAUCGACCUGGCUCCGACCAUCCUAGACAUCGCUGGCCUCGACACCCCUCCAGAUAUGGAUGGAAAGUCAAUACUGACGCUUCUGGACACUGAUAAACCUGCCAACAGAUUCCAAGUCAACAAGAAGCCGAAGGUGUGGAGGGACUCGUUUCUGGUGGAGAGAGGGAAGCUGCUGCACCAGCGUGUCGAGGGGAAGGAGGUGUCACAGGAGGAAAACUUCCUGCCCAAGCACCAACGAGUAAAAGACCUCUGUCAGAGGGCCGAGUACCAGACGCCCUGCCAGCAGACGGGACAGAAGUGGCAGUGUGUGGAGGACGCCACAGGGAAGUUGCGCCUCUACAAAUGCAAAAACGAAGGAGGAGGAGCUAAGGACUUCCAGAAGGGUGUAGCUGGUCAUCCGCGUCCAAUCAGCAUCAAGUCUCAGAUGUACCGUCGUGACGUCAACGCCUGUGACUGCGACCUCCACGACCUCCAACCUGAGAACCUGCGGCCCUCCGUCAUGAGGCCGUUCAACAAGAAGCCGUUCUUCUCCAAAAAGAAGUUCAAAGCCCUGAAGAGUUACUCCAGAAACCGCUACGGCCGUGCCGUAUCCACGGCCAACGGUUUCCCUGGUAACCACAGCCUGGAGGUUACCACGGUAACUGACCAGUCUGAGGAUGAGUUCAGCGGGAUGGGAGGUGUUCCGAGUGUCAUGCCCCCACCCAACUCCAUCAAGGUCACACACAGAUGUUCCAUUCUGUCCAACGCCACAGUGAAGUGUGAUACAGGAGUGUAUCAGUCGCUGCAGGCCUGGAAGGACCACAAGCUGCACAUUGACCACGAGAUUGAGACGCUGCAGACGAAGAUAAAGAACCUGAGGGAGGUCAGAGGUCACCUGAAGAAGGCCCGCCCCCUGGAUUGUGACUGUAACAAGUACCUGUAUAAAUCCAAACUGAGCACUAAGCUGAGGUACCGAGGAGACGGCGUGCACCCAUUCAGGAAACCCAGCGCUCGUGACAAGAAGGCGUGGCUUCUGAAGGAGCAGAAGAGGAGGAAGAAGAUGAGGAAGAUGAUCAAGAGGAUCAAAAACAACGACACCUGUUCGAUGCCCGGUCUCACCUGCUUCACACACAACAACCAGCACUGGCAGAGUGCGCCCUACUGGACAUUGGGUCCCUUCUGCGCCUGCACCAGUGCCAACAACAACACAUACUGGUGUAUGAGGACAAUCAAUGAGACCCACAACUUCCUGUUCUGUGAGUUUGCCACUGGCUUCCUGGAGUACUUCGACCUCAACACAGACCCAUACCAGCUGAUGAACGCUGUCAGCACUUUAGAUCGGACAGUCCUCAACCAGCUUCACGUUCAGCUGAUGGAGCUCAGAGGCUGCCGGGGACAUAAGCAGUGUAAUCCUCGCACACGCUCAGUGGACCUGGGAGGGCGGGAACACGGCAGCUUCGAUGACUACAGGGUGUUUGAGAGGAGGAGGUGGCCACGAGUCAAGAAGCCUUCAUCUUCUCGGACCCUCGGUCCAAUCUGGGAUGGCUGGAAGGGCUAAGCAUACUGAUUGGUCGGAGCGGGCUCCUGGCUCCGCCCACAGGACCCUGAAGGAGCAGGGCGUGGUCGUCGAUGGUCACAGCAGCAUCUAUUGGCAAUCAUGCCUUCAUUUCACCGGUCAGCCAAUCAGCUUCUGCCAUCUGUGGCAUCGCUAGGCCCUCCCACCCUGUUGCUCGGGGAUGAAACGUCCAACACACCUCUUCAUCAGGUGCUCCUCCUCCUUGCCUCUCCUCUGAGGAGCUGCGGGGAGGAGGAGGUGGAGGAAGAGAGUAUUCCUGACAUUUAAUAGCAGUAUCGCCAGAUAAAACUAUGGUGGCCCAGAGAGCUCAGCACACAGCAGCUUAAGAAGCGAAGCAGAGUACAAACACAGGAGAGAAAACAGCCAAACAGAGAAACAGGCUGCAGAUACAGAAACCUGGAGAUGGGCAGAUGAUCCUGAAGCUCUGGUGCUGGCUUCACUCCUGUGAAGUCCCAGUUUGACCACACUGUGUUGGAGCUUGUGUCAAAUAAAGGAAACCAUGUGGCUGAUGAGGCCUGAGGCUUCACACGUCUUGCAGCUAAAUUAUGUUGAUUACUAGAAUAAGAGGUGGUAAACUAAAGACAUUAGAGGUGUGUGCAUGUCACCAGGGGUCAUGUGCAUGUCACCAGGGGUCAUGUGCAUCUACCAUAUAUUACAUACUGCUAGAGAGAAUCACAGAGAAAGUAGGAAGAGAUUUCCACCUGCUGCCAAGUGAUAAUGUGAAGUAACUAAUACAACUAUGACUAAUAAAUUACAAAUCAUGUUUCAGAGCAACAAAAAUAUUCUGUGUAUCAGCUUUCUGGACCCUGUGCUGUACAUGUUCGUUGUUUUGCCGUCACUUGCACAGUAACACCUACAGUUAGUGAAGCAUGAGAUUAAAUAAUAACGUGAAGCUUCUGGGCUAUUGCCACAUAUGAGAUUCAAAUGAAGAAAACCUGGAUGUGGAGGUGCUUCGAUCUCGACUGCUAUGAGAAGUUGCUGUGCUCAUCUUAGCUGAAGCUCAACGCUUCAUUGGGUUUUGUGCAGCUGUCACCACAGAGAACAGAACCACUGAUACACAAACGUGCCACAGAUACAGAAAACACAAGCCGACAGGCCGCAGAGACGCUGCUUGUUCACAACUGAUCUCUGAAUCGUGCCAUCACAGUGUGUAGAAAACAUGCUAGCUCGCUUCGACAUCAUGAGUCACCAUGGCAACAACAAGCUGUCCCCUGGAAACUCUUCAGUUGUCGUCUGUACUGUUUAUAUAUGAUUGUGUUUUGUCACUUUGCAGCAUCAUUGUGAAAGUGUUGUCAGUUUGGUGAAGAUGUUUUGUGAUUCCCUUGUAUUUUGCAUGUGUUUUCCUACACCGCACUGUGUCGAGCUCUCAGAGCCACCGUAGAAAUCAAAACAACAAACUCAGAACAAAAACCCCAGCCUGCCUCAUCUCUGCGGUGUCCUCCUCCUCCUCCUCCUCCUCCUCCUCCUCCUCUUCAGUGACCUCCCAGCGGCCAUAUUUGUUUCCAUGUUCAUAUUAAAGGACCCGUUCUCCUUUUUUGUUGUUACUAAACUCAGACUGAGACAAAAGCAAACACUGUGACAUCACUGCUGAUGAAAACGUGGUCAUCUCCCAGUCUUUUUUUCUUCCACUAACUUGAGAGUUGGUUACCAUGGUGACAGACCAACGACAGAGCUACAGUUGUACUAACCUGCUGAUUGACUACAGUACCCAUGAUGCAACACGGCACCCCUGAAGGGAAUGACAACAGGAUCAUGUCGGAGUAAAAAUCAAAGAGCACAAACAGCAGAAAGAAAAGAUGUACAACUGGUGGAGCCUCUCAUGAGCCAAUAAAAAGAGGACUAGAUGAUGAUGUCACACCCUCCAGAACUUGUUUUGUGAUUAAACAUUAAGGAAAUGUAAAGUUAAAUUCAUCACCCAGAGAAACUAGGCACAGAGUUCUGGUUUUAUGUCAUCACUUUUUUAUUUUUAAAUUGUGUCCACUGUCAGCCACCACUGACCGGUGAAUUUCCUCCUCUCUGGUUCAGCUGUUUCUGCCUCUCAGCUUUUAUUUUAUGUCAUAUUUCAGCCCUGCCAUCCAUUUUUUCCCUUGCUCAGAUUAAACCUCUGGACAGAGAUGUCCAGAGUUCACUUUCAACUUAGAACAAUGUAAAAUAAAACUGUAGAAAACCAUGUGUGAAUCCAGACACAGGAAGUGACAGUGUGGCACAGAUCUUGGCUUUGAGGAUCUCUGCCUGUUGUAUUUGAUCCAACCCUAAAUUUAGACUUUUGUGAUCUGGUGGAUUCUAAACAGGAAGUAAAAAAUAAAAACCCAGAAGAUCACAUUUUUUCAGUGUUAAAACUGUCCCUCAGACACUCUCACACUGUUUAACAAUUUUUUUUUUGUGCUACUACAUUUCCCACAAUACCUUUCACCAGAGAAGGUACAUCCACAAAACCCUAAAUUAUUUGGGAGCGUGUAGGAUUUGUAAUUUGUGUUGUUUGUGAAACAAAGUGGACAAAAUGAGUAUAUUUAGUGCACACAGUUGUGAUUUUAGGGAACACUUUCACUUUUCACACCGACUGUUGUCCAUCACACGGGCAUAUGCCCACACAGCAGGAUGUUGUUUGUCACGACAUCACUGUGAUAAUGUUUUAUUAGUUUUCAUGUGGGUUCUACUGCUGAGUUUGCUUUUGCCCAAAAUGUUCUGUGAGACCGUUUUCUGAUCUGACGCCUCCCAAAACCAUUUUCAGUCAUUCACAUGAUGGUUGACACCUCUAUAAAUACAGUUGGAUUAAAUGUUAACACCAGUGAAUUUUCUAUGUCUUAUCUCUAUUAACCCAACCCCGUCCAGAGACCAGCAGCCCCUGGUCCAGCUCAUCGCUCUGGGCCGUGGACCUCCACUGUUGUCCACCAGCUAUUAACCCCCCCAGUGAGCCACACUGCUGCACUGGGGGGGGUUAACUGUAAAAUCUUUGCCCUUUUAGUUUAGGCGACUAAAACACCUGGUUUAGAUUGUGGUCAUAGUUUUAAACAACGCUGAUGAAACAGCUGCUCCAGGUUUGUCAAGUGAACCACAAACGCUGUGUGAUUUGUGUGGUUCUGUUUCUUGCUUAUGUUUCCUCUUCUGUGAUUAGUUUCUUUUUGUUCGAUUGUUGAUUUGAAAGGAAGAAGGCCCCACUCUGAUCUGACCCCAAAAUCUGACACGUAUUAUUGUUUCAGACAAUGAUUCCAUGCUGGAAUGGGAUUUGACUCCCAUUCCCAUUCCAAAUCCCAUUCCAUGCUGGAAUGGGAUUUGACAGCAGGAAACACACACCAUCAAACUUUGAGCACAAAUGUUUCUUCCAACAGUGUAAAAGUGUUUGAGGUGACGUCUCCGCCGACCAGUCUGCUGUCUCUACAGUCUUUAACCCCGGGUGUGUUUGCUCGGCGGUGCUAUUUACUGUCUAACAACUAUCUAGGGAAAACCGCCGGGUUAUUUGAAUGUAUUUCUAAAUGUCUAGGUGUGUUUUCUAAAGACGCACUAGAGUCGGACCGUUCGGGACCGACUCGCGCAUGCACACACGCACACACACGCACACACUGAAGGACAACCUGCUGAGCACUUUGAUUGGAGGAUGGAGGGAUGAAUGGACCAAUGGAGGGUUCAUGGUGAGAUGUGACGACACAUGAUGUAAACAUGUCGUGAUCAAACACACGUGUACAGUCAGCCACUGCCCUGUGGAGUCACUGGUCAGUUUAGUUGUGAAUAAAGUGUUGGUUGCCAAAAUGCA